CGACCGAUGAGGAUUUUUGUCAACGACGACCGUCACGUCAUGGCCAAACAUUCAGCUGUGUACCCGACCCAGGAGGAGCUGGAGGCAGUUCAGAACAUGGUGUCCCACACGGAACGAGCGCUCAAAGCUGUGUCCGACUGGAUCGACGAGCAGGAAAAAGUCAGCGGGGAACAGCCAGAAACAGAGUCCAUGGAGACAGCAGCUGAUGAGGAGAAUAAGGAAGGAGGGGAUCAAAAGGCCACGGAGCAGCUGACCAGGACCCUACGUGGUGUGAUGCGCGUCGGCCUCGUAGCAAAAGGCCUGUUACUGAAAGGAGAUUUGGAUCUGGAGUUGGUUCUUUUGUGUAAAGAUAAACCCACCACAGAUCUCCUGGAGAAAGUAGCUGACAAUCUGGGAGUACAGCUUGCUGCUAUUACUGAAGACAAAUAUGAAAUAAUCCAGUCGGUUGGCGACGCCGCCAUCGUAAUUAAGAACACGAAGGAGCCGCCGUUGACGUUGACCAUCCACUUGACCUCGCCCGUAGUCAGAGAAGAGAUGGAGAAGCAGUUAGCUGGAGAAACGCUAUCAGUCACCGACUCCCCGGACGUUCUGGACAGGCAGAAAUGCCUUGCUGCCUUGGCGUCACUGCGACACGCCAAGUGGUUCCAGGCCAGGGCUAACGGGUUGAAGUCGUGUGUCAUCGUCAUACGAGUGCUGCGGGAUCUCUGUACUCGGGUUCCUACCUGGGCGCCGCUGAGAGGAUGGCCUCUCGAGCUGCUGUGUGAGAAAUCGAUCGGAACCGCUAACAGACCCAUGGGCGCCGGCGAGGCUCUGAGGAGAGUCCUGGAAUGCCUCGCUUCGGGAAUCGUCAUGCCAGAUGGUUCUGGUAUUUAUGAUCCUUGUGAAAAAGAAGCCACUGAUGCUAUUGGGCAUCUAGACAGACAACAAAGGGAAGAUAUCACACAGAGUGCUCAGCACGCUUUGAGACUCGCUGCUUUUGGUCAACUUCACAAAGUUUUGGGGAUGGAUCCCCUCCCUUCCAAAAUGCCCAAGAAACCAAAGAAUGAAAAUCCUGUUGACUAUACUGUCCAAAUUCCUCCCAGUACAACCUACGCUGUCACCCCAAUGAAGCGUCCGAUGGAGGAGGAUGGAGAGGAGAAAUCUCCCAGCAAAAAGAAAAAGAAGAUUCAGAAAAAAGAGGAAAAACUUGAACCUCCCCAGGCCAUGAACGCACUGAUGAAACUAAACCAACUCAAACCUGGGCUCCAGUAUAAACUGGUUUCUCAAACUGGUCCCGUUCACGCUCCCAUCUUCACAAUGUCUGUAGAAAUCGAUGGCAGCACCUUCGAGGCAUCGGGACCUUCUAAAAAGACGGCCAAACUGCACGUGGCUGUGAAGGUGUUGCAAGAUAUGGGUUUACCCACAGGAGUGGAAGGCAAAGAGUCUGGGAAAGGAGACGAAUCGGCGGAGGAAACGGAACAGAAACCGGUCGUCGUCUCCCCUCCGCCUGUAGUUGAAACUGUCGCGACGCCUGCGGCUGCGUCUCCUCCUGCAGAUCAAACCCCGGAGAAUGUGAAACAACAGGGACCAAUCCUGACCAAGCACGGCAAGAACCCCGUGAUGGAGCUGAACGAGAAGCGGCGCGGCCUGAAAUACGAACUCAUUUCAGAAACGGGCGGCAGCCACGACAAACGCUUUGUCAUGGAGGUGGAAGUUGACGGGCAGAAAUUCCAAGGAGCUGGUUCAAAUAAAAAGGUGGCAAAAGCUUACGCUGCUCUGGCUGCCCUGGAGAAAUUGUUCCCAGAUGCUCCUGUUGCCAUCGAGCAAAACAAGAAGAAACGAGUUCCCGUGCCAGCCAGGGGAGGGCCCAAAUUUGCUGUAAAACAGCACAACCCGGGGUUCGGAAUGGGAGGCCCCAUGCACAACGAAGUGCCUCCUCCACCCAACAUGCGCGGUCGCGGAAGAGGCGGCAACAUCCGAGGCCGGGGGAGAGGCCGGGGUGGAUUCGGUGGCAAUCACGGUGGCUACAUGAAUGCAGGUGCUGGAUAUGGAAGUUAUGGUUACGGAGGCAAUUCUGCCACAGCUGGCUACACUCCGAAACACGGUGGCAAGAAACAACAACACGGAGGAGGAGGAGGAGGAGGACAACAAAAACCUUCCUAUGGUUCAGGGUACCAGUCCCACCAGGGUCAACAACAACAAUCCUACAACCAAAACCAGUACAGCAACUACGGCCCGCCGCAGGGCAAGCAGAAGGGCUACAACCACGGCCAGGGCAACUACUCCUCCUACUCCAACUCUUACAACUCACCCGGCGGUGGAGGUUCUGAUUACAACUACGAGAGCAAAUUCAGUUACGGUGGCAACAGCGGCCGCGGAGGAAAUAACUACUCGGGUGGUGCCUCCUACAACACCGGCUCGCACGGUGGCUACGGGGGAGGAUCUGGGGGAGGAGGGUCCUCGUACCAAGGUAAGCAAGGUGGAUAUUCCUCUCAAUCCAACUACAACUCACCUGGUUCAGGCCAAAAUUACAGCGGCCCCCCAAGUUCUUACCAAACCUCUCAAGGUGGUUACGGCAGAAACGACCACAGCAUGAAUUACCAGUACAGAUAA